AUGACUUCAAUUGCAAGAUCUUCCAUCUCCCUCGUUUGCAGUUCUUCCCCCAGAAGGCUCGCUGCGACCGUGCCUCUUCAUCGCAGUUCAGGACUGUCCACGUCGGCCACAAGACGGGCUUCCACCGCAAAUCUGGUUCGGCCGGGCGAGGUGUGGGGUGGGCCCAUCUCCGAGAAAGUCGGAUCAGCGCCUUUAGAUUGGAAGAGCCUCGGCUUCGAGUACGUCCCGACCAAGUCACACAUUCGCUUUACCUGGAAGAACGGGGAGUGGAACACUGGCCACACAUUCAGGGACCCGUACCUACCUGUUCACAUGCUUGCAAAUGUCUUCCACUAUGGUCAAGCUCUCUUCGAAGGCUUUAAAGGCUUCCAUACAAAGCAAGGGGAUGUGUGCCUGUUUGCAGACAGGUUGAGCUGGGCGCGCAUGAACCACGGGUGUCGACGCUUCCGAAUACCGGAGGUGCCUGUGCAAGUUUGGGAUCGAGCUGUUCACGAUGCGGUCAAGGACAAUGUUGCCUACGUGCCACCGCAUGGAACCAACGGAGCUCUUUAUGUUCGCCCUUUUAUCUUCGGGAGCGGUCCAAGGCUUGGCCUGGGCCCUUCCCCGGAGUACACCUUCGUGGUCUUCGUCAACCCAGUUGGCAGCUACUACAAGAACGAGGAGGGAGCAAUGCAAGCCCUGGAUGGGCUUGUGAAUGACUCUUACGACCGAGCUGCACCUCUUGGGUGUGGAGAUUGCAAAGCUGCUGGGAACUAUGCUGCUGACCUCGAGAGCAUGUACACAUCGAAAAGGAAGGGCUAUCCUAUCAGCCUGUACCUGGAUGCUGUCGAGCGACGGUACAUCGAGGAGUUUAACACCUCAAACUUCGUGGCUAUCACGAAGGACGGGAAGUACAUCACUCCAGAUGCGCCGCGGAGCGUCUUGAAUAGCAACACAAACAAGGUGUUGCUGCAGCUUGCCGACGACAUGUCAAUUCCGGUAGAGCGCCGUCGCAUCGACUUUGAAGCUGAGGUUGACAACUUCGCAGAAGUCGGAGCUGUUGGCACUGCCGUGGUUGUCACGCCCAUUCGGUCCUUGACACGUGGAGAUCGGACUUGGCAUUUUCAAGAGCCUCAGGUCCUACGCCAGCUGCGAAACAGGGUACGGGCGAUCCAAAACGGCGAGGUCAAAGACCCUCAUGGCUGGAUGCGGAGAGUGCAGCUAGAAGACGCACAGCCACAGUCGUUCCUCAGCGUCUACCCAGGCCUUUGA